ACCUCGCAGCACCAUGCAUCUGAACCAUGCGACUGCCGCCACAGCAGCCAUGGCCAACUACCAGCACUACCAACUGCCAGCCUCUCAUGGUGGCGGCGGCGGCGGUGCAGGAGGAGGCGGUGGUGGAGGAGGGGGCGGUGGCGGUGGAGCUGGCCUGCAACAGCCCACGACGCUGGCCAGCCUGCAGCAGAGCCCGUUCGCCCUGCAUCAAUUAACCGCGGUGCAGGCCAUUCAGCAUCCCACCCACCAGGCAAUGCUCCAUCCACAGCACCCGCUGGUCCAUCUGCUGGACAUCUCCACGACCACGGCGAAUAGUGGCGGCGGCGGCAACGGAGGUGCGGGCAAUCAUACGCCCAUUUCGCCCAUGAAACAGGAAGUGCAGAGCGUGAUCAGUGAGGAGGAGGUGGUGGUGGACGAUCCGCGCAAGAAGAAGCAGUGCCACGUGUGUAAGAACAAGUUCCGGCAACUGACCACGUUACGCAACCACAUGAAGAUCCACACGGACGAACGGCCCUACAAGUGCAAGCACUGCGACAAGGCCUUCCGCCAGAUCUCGACGCUGACCAACCACGUGAAGAUCCACACCGGCGAGAAGCCAUUCACCUGCAACAUCUGCGCCAAGGACUUUCGCCAGCAGAGUACGCUGAUAAACCACAUCAAGACGCACAAGGCGGCGGAGUCCAGUACGCCCACGUCCCUGCUGAACUAUCAGCCGCAGCCGGGCAGCGGCAAGCAUCGAAAGUCGCAGAUGCAGGUCUACCAGCAGCAGCAUCAGCGUGUCCAAAUCUCAAAGACCCUAUACUCCGGCAGCUAUAGCUCUCCGGCGGCCGAGGAGCUGGUGAAGCCGUAUCAGUGCAGCGUCUGCAAGCGCCGCUUUCCGCAGCUGACCACGCUGCACAACCAUGAGCGGACCCACAUCGAUCCAAAGCCCUACAAGUGCGAGACGUGCGACAAGUCCUUCAGCCAGCUGGCGACACUGGCCAACCACAAGAAGAUCCACACGGGCGACAAGCCGUACACGUGUUCCUACUGCCACAUGCAGUUCCGCCAGCAGAGCACCCUCACCAACCACCUGAAGACGCAUACGCAUCAGAUAGCCGGCGGCGGUGGCGGUGGAGCAGGAGCUGGAGGACCCGGAGGAUCAGCAGGAAGCGGUGGCGGAGGCCCCGUAACAGCCACAGUGGAUCACUCCAUGCCCCCAACUCUGGCGCCCGGGACCCAGCAGCUGACGACUGGACUGUUGCCGAACAACCUGCAUGGCAACACGCCGAACAUCAUCCAGCUGGACCAUCAUCCGCUACUGCAUUUCCUCGAUGGCAGCACCACGGUCAGUUCGGUUGUGGCAACGGCGGCGGCCGUUACCAAGGUUGAGCACUUCCAGCCGAGCGGAAGCGGAGGAGGAGGAGGAGGAUCACCGCCGGGCCGCAUGACCAUUGUGGGCAACAUCAAUAUGCUAAAGGGCGACAAUCCGGAUAGGCCGUUCGGCUGCAGCGUUUGCCAGCGAUUCUUCUCGCAGCAGAGCACCCUGGUCAAUCACAUCAAGACGCACACGGGCGAAAAGCCGUACAAGUGCAAGAUCUGUGAGGUCAACUUCCGGCAGGUGGCCACGCUGAAUAACCACAUGAAGAUCCAUACCGGGGAAAAGCCCUACAACUGUUCCUACUGCCCCAAGCAGUUCCGGCAGAAGAGUACGCUGCAGAAUCACCUGAGGGUGCACACCUGCUAGACCCAGAGACUCCAGAUCGCCAGCCAGCCGCUAGCCGCCAGUCAAGCAGCCAUUGAGGAGGAAUAGUGCAAUAUGCAUGCCACAUAGCACAUACACAGUUAUAGAUCGCAUAUACGGCAUACGAAUACGAUGAUUACAUGAAUACUAUAUUUAAAUAUAUAUACUCGAAAGUGUUAUUUACCUGCUGUGCAGAGCGCAAUUGUAUGUAACUAUAUAUCGCGUAGAGAGCCGAUCCACAUGCGUGUCCAAUUGUAAAUUAAGGCUAAAACCGUAUUCGCAUAAGCCACGAAUGAUUAUGAUGAUGAUGAUGAUGAUACAGGGUGUGUGUUUAAGCCUAAACUCUACUGCUAUCCUAGUGUAGGAUCGAUGCUCGAGGAGCGUAAUCUUUAGACCCUUCUAAGCCAUUUAAAUCUAAGCCUAAAAUUAGCUCUGAUUUCUGAUGAAACUUGAUUUAGACAUAUUCCUUGUAAAUUACACAAGUUGUGUAUAGGUUAUUAUUUUCUAGCUCUGAUAAAUAAAAAUCGUAUACACUUU